GAAACUGCCAAUGAACCAAAGAAAAAAGGAGGGGGACUUGCCGUCACCUACGCGGCUAACGUUAUCGACAUUGCCGUCCCGCUUGCCCCGUUUGGUUGCGGCGCCCUCCUCCGAUUCGCCUCCCUCGCUUCCCCUUCCCCCACCUCCCUCUUCCCCUGUUGCCCGAAUUUCAGAAACCAAUCGGUAAUUUUCGCGCUAAAUUCUCCGUUUAUUUACUAAUCGUCGUGGGGAUUGAUUUGUUCCUCGCUUCCCUUGCAGGUUUCAGGGUUUUGUGGUGUGCCCGCUGUACAUAUAUUUUUGGCCUCUUAAUUCGCACUAACAGAAAUUUGCCACUAUUUUUGGAAUAUUCUGGCAAGAGGACAACUUCUUGCUGCUAACAUAUUGGUUAUUCCAUUUCUGUAUUUCUCUCAACCAUGGCUGUUGGAGCUUCCCUGCAGUUGUUCCAUGACUUUGGUGUCAUCAAAAGAUUUGGACAGGCUAACCAACUUAAGAGUUCAGAAAUGAAGAGUUGGCACCACUUAUCGAGUUUUUCCUUUUCCUCAUGUGCUUCACGACAAGAUGUUUGGAGUCUACAUGUUUCAGACAGGAUAAACAAGCCAAUGCUCUUGAUCCCUUAUAGAUACAAUGUUUUCAUUUCCCGGUCUUUUGCUAUGCCAAGCUCUGUACAUGAAUUCCCUCUUCUGAAAAGUACCACCUUGGCUUUGACAAGGUCAUAUAAUGCACUCCUUGCAAGCCCUUUUACUCCCCAGUUAGUCCCAGCAGUUGGAAUAAUUGCUUUUGCUGUCUGGGGUCUUGGACCAUUCAUGCGUUCCAUUAGAAGUCUGUUUCAUAAUGACAAUAACUGGAAAAAGAGUAAAACAUAUCAUGUCUCUACCUCAUAUAUUCAACCACUUCUGCUUUGGGCUGGAGCAACACUCAUAUGCAGGGCACUUGAUCCAGUCGUUCUGCCAUCAGAAGCAAGCCAAGCAGUGAAGCAACGCCUUUUGAUCUUUGUGAGAUCAUUAUCUACUGUGCUGGCUUUUGCAUAUUGUCUAUCAAGCUUAAUUCAGCAAACACAGAAAUUCUUUAAGGAGACAAGUGGUUUUGAUGACACAAGAAAUAUGGGUUUUGAAUUUGCUGGUAAGGCUGUGUACACUGCAGUUUGGGUUGCUGCAUUUUCUUUAUUCAUGGAAUUGCUGGGGUUUUCUACCCAGAAAUGGAUUACUGCUGGAGGCCUGGGAACUGUCCUCCUGACUCUUGCUGGCCGCGAGAUAUUCACAAACUUCCUCUCGAGUAUAAUGAUCCAUGCAACACGUCCUUUUGUUAUGAAUGAAUGGAUUCAGACUAAGAUAGAGGGUUAUGAGGUUUCUGGUACCGUCGAGCAUGUGGGUUGGUGGUCUCCAACAAUUAUAAGAGGUGAUGAUCGUGAAGCAGUACAUAUUCCUAACCACAAAUUUACAGUAAAUGUUGUAAGAAAUCUCAGCCAGAAGACUCAUUGGCGUAUUAAGACCCAUCUUGCCAUCAGCCACUUGGAUGUUAGCAAAAUUAAUAAUAUAGUCGCAGAUAUGCGGAAAGUCUUGGCAAAAAAUCCUCAAAUAGAACAGCAGAGGUUGCAUAGAAGAGUGUUUCUAGAAAAUAUCAACCCUGAAAAUCAAGCUCUUUUGAUUCUCAUAUCAUGCUUUGUGAAGACAUCACAUUUUGAAGAGUAUCUCUGCGUCAAAGAAGCGGUUUUGCUAGAUCUCCUCAGAGUCAUCAGUCAUCACCGGGCCAGGCUUGCCACUCCAAUUCGCACCGUGCAGAAAAUAUAUGGUGAUGCAGACAUGGAGAACAUUCCUUAUUCUGAGACCAUUGUUACCCGUUCUGCUGCUGCCACCAACCGCCCGUUCCUUCUUAUUGAGCCCUCACCAAGAAUCAAUGGUGAUGACAAAGCUAAGCCCCGUACAUCACGGACUAAUGGAGAACAAACUUCGAAAGCUACUUCUGCAUCAGGGCCCAAGGUCACUCCAUCGUCUGAAGGCACAAUCUUAAACAAUUCAGACAAACAGCUACAGAAGAAGAAAAGCUCAGGAGACACGCCUUCCAAGAGUAAUAAGGCUGAUCCUGCAACAGCACCAUCAUUGAGUUCCCAGCUUGAAGGCUUGGACUCAGUAGGAUCGACCUUUAAAGCUGGUGGUGAGAAUCCUAUGUCCCCAGAGGCUGUUAGCGAGCAGGUGGAUGGUACCAGUCCAGUUCAUGCUAAAAAUGAAGGUGAAAGGGUGCCUACUACAACACCCCCAGUAGCCAGGCCUGCCUUUGAAGAUAACAUUGUCCUUGGUGUGGCUCUUGGGGGGUCAAAACAGACGCUUCCAAUUGAAGAAGGGAUGGGUCGAGCAGCUUCUUCAUCAGAGGCAAAUGACUUGGAUAAGAAAGGGUCUUCGUCCUCUACAAAGGAUAAGAAAGAACAGAUUCCAGCAGUCUCUAGUCAAGCAAAAGUAGACACGAAGGAUCAAGAGAGGUGACAUCAACAAAAUUUAUUGAAUUGUUUGAUGGCAUUCCAAAGUUGGUAUAUUUGUUUCAAAUCUGUUUUCUCUAGAGGCUGGUAAAAUGCUGUUGUACAUUGUUGUGAUAAUAGGAAUGAUUCUCGUCUACUUUCAAAAAAACAGAAGGGUAAUGAUUCUUGUCAUUGUUCUCAAGUAUUAAAAUUUUAAUUGCCUGGUGUUUUUGUCUUUUUGGGCUGCCUUUUGGCAAAACGUAACUGGGAUCUGAUCAAUUGAUCAAUAACUUCGAUCAUGAUAAGUGUUUGAGCUUAUGAAGAUCAUGUGUAUUCUCUUUCA